AUGGAGCAGUACGAGGUGGUGGAGCAGAUCGGCCGGGGCGCCUACGGCUCAGCUUACCUCGUCCUCCACAAGGCCGAGCGCAAGAGGUACGUGAUGAAGAAGAUCCGCCUCUCCAAGCAGAACGACAAGUUCCAGCGGACCGCUUACCAGGAGAUGUCCCUGAUGGCAAGCCUCAGCAACCCGUACAUCGUCCAGUACAAGGACGGAUGGGUGGACGAGGGGACCUCCGUCUGCAUUGUCACAAGUUACUGCGAAGGAGGGGACAUGGCCGAGAGGAUCAAGAAGGCAAGGGGCAUCCUAUUCUCAGAAGAGAGGGUGUGUCGGUGGUUCACGCAGUUGCUCCUCGCCCUUGACUACCUGCACUGCAACCGCGUGCUGCACCGUGAUCUCAAGUGUUCCAACAUUUUAUUGACAAGGGAUAACAAUAUCAGACUCGCUGACUUUGGGUUGGCGAAACUGCUCAUGGAGGACCUUGCCUCGUCGGUUGUUGGAACCCCAAACUAUAUGUGCCCAGAAAUACUAGUAGACAUACCUUAUGGAUACAAAUCCGAUAUAUGGUCACUUGGUUGCUGUAUGUUUGAGAUUUUAGCACACCGUCCUGCAUUUAAAGCUACAGACAUGGCAGCAUUAGUCAACAAAAUAAAUAGAUCUUCAAUAUCUCCAAUGCCCCCGAUAUACUCAUCAGCACUGAAGCAGAUAGUGAAGAGCAUGCUAAGGAAAAAUCCAGAACAUAGGCCUACUGCUGGGGAGCUGCUGAGGCAUCCACAUCUGCAACCAUAUCUGGCUGAAUCGUGCAGCUGUUCACCAAUCUAUCUUCCAGUGAAACCCAACAAAAGUAACCUCGUAGACAAGCAACCAAAGAAGCCAAGCAGUGGCAGAAAGCGACCUGUCAAAGCUAAUGGAUCCAAUGAAACAUUAGAAACUGCAGCAGAGCACACUGUGGAAGCAAGAGACAGCUCCACGAACUUUUCAGACGUAUCAACUAUUGGUACCCAGGAAGCCUUGAUUUUGCAAAUGCCGGUGGAUCUUGAUGCCAGAAGCAAAGAACAGCAGAACAGUGAUGUUCUAUCACUUCAGCAUGCAGCGGAGAACUUGAUGGCGACAACUGAUCAACAGAUUGAUGCGACCAUACGUCUUAAAGCUAUAAGAACCAGUAAUGUAAAAGAGGAGGCCCCAGUCACUGUUUCAAAUCAAAAGUUUAACGAGGCACCAAUACCAAAUGAGGAAUUGACAAUUGGAGUAGUGCAGGAACAAAAGAAGGAUGUGAAGCCACCCUCUUAUCCACCAGCAAAACCAGAGUUGUGUGACACAACUAUAACAGAGGAAUCAUCACCAAUUAGCACACUAAAACUGGCGCAUGCAGAGAGUGCACCUGCGGAGUGGGAUCAUCUGAACAUAGUUCAGCAGAGAGCCGAUGCUCUGGAGUCACUCCUCGAGCUCUGCGCGAAGCUCCUGGAGCAGGAGAGGCUCGAUGAGCUCGCAGGUGUUCUUCGGCCAUUCGGUGAAGGAGCCGUGUCAUCCAGAGAGACGGCAAUAUGGCUGACCAAGAGCCUGAUGACUCCACCAAAGUUUGGAGAGUCCCCAACAAAGCUUCUGUAA